AUGAGCUCUUUUACAAACAAUGCGCGCGAGGCCUUCGUAUCAAUCCCCGAUGAGCGUUCGGACUGGCCUACACUGGUCAUACACGAACUCACCGAUUCUUCCGAGUUAGGCACUGAGGCCAAUCCCAUAGUGAUUGGAGAUGAUCCUGCUCCUUUGGGCUCAGCUUCCAACCCUAUAGUGAUUCAUGUUGAUGAGGAUUGUGGCUAUGAUGAGGCAGAGCAUCUUGGUUCUGAUGCCGACACUGAGAUCAUGGCUACACCAGAGUUCUGGGAGAUAUUGAUCGAUGAAAGCCUUCCAGCCCCAGCAGACGAGCGUGCAGACGUUAACUCUGUUUCUGCUCUAUCCCUCACUACGCGGCUAGCCAGCGAGGAUCCGGAAGAGCCUCGAAUCCUUGAACAGAAUUGUCCCCGCCUGGGUGAUAAAGCAACCAAGGACAGAGCGCCUAAGGUGAUGGAAGAUCACUCCGUUGCUCUCUAUGGUCAAACUAGCCAAGCGGAAACUGAUCAAAAGAGAUACGAAGACAAUAAAUAUCCGGUUUGCGGUGUGCCGGACACCUGCUCGAUAACGGAUCAAUUUCAGACGCAGGAAACACCACAUAGCACCACUGAGUGUAUUACGAAUGAACCGCCACAUAACUCUUAUGACAGAUGGUCAGCCAAACGCAAACUUUCAGAUAUUGACGGCGUCUGGCCUGAACCGAGACGAUCUGAACGAUUGAUCAAAAGGGCCAGACAGUCAGUAACUCGAAUGUGA